AUGAAGAUUCCGAAUGUCAGCAACAUCAAGGGCGCCGAGAAGGGCACGUUUGACUACGCGCAUUUGCGAGUACCUUUGCCCAAGGAUCUGAGCGGGUCGGAAAUUUUCGCGCUCAAGAACACGGCUUCGUAUCCGGAAUCGUACUUUUUGAUGCGACGGAGCAGCGAUGGCUACAUCAGCGCAACUGGCAUGUUCAAGGCUGCCUUCCCUUGGGCUUUGACCAAGGAGGAAGAAGCCGAACGCGCACACCACAAGAAAUUUCAUUCUGCGGGCGAAGAGGAGGUCGCUGGCAGCGUGUGGCUUGCGCCCGAAGAAGACGAAUAUGGCAUGCGCCAUUGGAUAGAUGCGCUCCUCGACCCCACUCCAAUCGAGAAGGGCAACAAGGACAAGCACACCACGCAUAUUCAAAUGCCGCCCAAAUUCGACCCGAGCGCAGUCCCCUCAGCCUCAUUCGACGCUCCUAAGCUCCGCGCCUCCACACGCGCGCGGUCAACGCGCUCAGCUUCCCCGAGCAAAAUGGCAACACCAAGUCGCAAGAUCGCCACCCCGCGAAAACCGCGCGCGAAGAAGACAUCCGAGGUGGUUCAGACAGAGGAGAUGGAGAUUGUCGAGACGGCAACAGGCGCGGCAGCUGGCGAUCUGCAGAACGUCAUCGAGAACGGUACUCUGGUAGCAACCGGGCCUGCUAAUGGUGAGGCUAAGGAGCAAGAGACGGUUCGCAUCGAAGUUCAAGAGACGGUUGAGCAGGACGGCGAUAUCGAGACGAAGACCACUAACGUCAAGGUCGAUGUACCGGCUGAUCACCCCGAGCUCCGGGAACCUGAAGACCCCGCCGAACUCAUCAAGCAAGCGAGGGCUAUGGUACAAGAGGCCAACAAGCUCGAUGGAGUUGAUGCGACCAAGGGCGCCGUGUCCAAGCGCAAGGCGGAGGAAUUGGGCGAGGACGAGGCUGCCGAACGACCGCAGCGCCCUGCGAAGCUCGCCAGGACUCAGUCCACACUGGAGCAGAAGCUCGCGAAGGAGAAGGUCACAAGGAGGGCUCUUGUCGGUGUCGCCGUCAUGACGGCCAUCACGUACGCACUCACCACAACUGUCUGA